UUUUUUUUUUUUUUUGUUAUNNNNUCUUCUCGAAUUCUCUCGCUAUUUCGCUCACGGUUAUUGUUGUACAUUUGACAUGAUGUUUGGCCACAGGUGCAUUACCGUAAAAGGUGCUGACUGCGGUUUCGAUGCCCUGUUCCUCGUUAUCAUCACGUCUAUUGCUGGAUUCCUCUUUGGCUACGAUAUCGGGCAGAUCUCUGGCAUCUUGUUCUUUCGCAACUUCAAGUAUCGGUUCCUUCAUGAUGACUCCGCAACAAUAAAGUCUCUGAUCGUUUCUUUCAUGAGCAUCGGCUGUCUUUUUGGCUCUCUGUUGGGCGCAUACUCUUCUGACUGGCUUGGUCGGCGGAAGAGCAUUGCUCUCGGUGUAGCCUUCUUCCUUGCAGGCGACGUCAUUCAGAUCACUGCGACGGACAACUGGCUUCACGUUAGUUUGGGCAGAUUUAUCGCGGGCCUCGGUAUCGGCAAUCUUUCUGUGGGAGUCCCCAUGUUCCAAUCGGAGUGCGUUCCACGAGAGAUCCGCGGGGCAGUUGUCACCUCGUAUCAGCUACUCAUUACCAUCGGUAUACUUUUCGGCAACUUGAUAUGCUUCUUUAUGCGCGCAUAUGAUGAUCACAGCUUUGCAUGGCGUCUCGUCAUUGGCAUGGGUGCUUUCUUUUCGCUACCCCUUGCAUGUGGUAUUCUUCUCGUCCCAGAGGGCAAGAGCCAUGAUCCUGGGAAUGUCGUCGUUGAGAACGACAUGCAUGAAAUGAGAGAAGUUUUGGCUUUGGAACGCCAAACCGGUACUGCACCAUGGAUUGAGUGCUUCUCAUCCAGAUCCAAAGUCCCCAAAACACGCUAUCGUACCUUUCUGGGCAUGGGCAUUCACUUUUUACAGCAGUGGACGGGCAUUAAUUACUUCUUCUACUAUGGCACCACAGUCUUUUCAUCUGCCAAAAUUAAUGACCCUUUCAUGACUCAGCUUAUCCUUGGAGCUGUCAAUGUUUGUACGACAUUUCUCGCUGUCUAUUUGGUCGAUUGGUGGGGCCGUCGACGUCCCCUUAUUUGCGGUGCAGUGUGGCAAGCCGCUUGGCUGUUGGUAUUUGCUUCCAUAGGCAUCGUGGACAAUCACCCCUCACCCACAUUCAGCAUCGUCAUGAUUAUCUCUGCUUGCAUGUUCAUUGCCUCUUUUGCAGCAACUUGGGGUCCCAUUGCUUGGGUAGUCAUGGGUGAAACGUUCGCUCUUCGGACACGCGCGAAACAAGCUGCGCUUGCCACAGCCUCCAACUGGCUCGGUAACUUUUUGAUCGGGCUGCUCACUCCAUACGCUGAUUAUAGCAUAUCGUACUAUUUCGGGUUUAUUCUAGCCGGCGCCAAUAUCUUCGCCGCAUUACUGGUCUGGUUCUACUUGUACGAGUCGACGCUACUGAGUUUAGAGAGCGUGGAUAUCAUGUACAGUAUCAACGAUCUUGCACCAUGGGAGAGCGCCCGCUGGGUUCCACCUGGAUACGUCACGCGUCGGGAACGAGACGAGCAACAUUUCCGGAGAAUGAGCAUUUCCACCGCUGCGGAUAUGUCUAGCCUCACUCAGGAAAUGGUGGACAUGGCGAACAAAGAAGUCAUUGCGAAUCCCAAAGCAGCGGUCGUUUAAAGGCUAAGAAUGGCGUUUGGUGCUUGGGAGCACCGUGUAUCUGGGCCUAAGCACCAUGACUGGAAAUUGGUAGUAGG